AUGGAUUCUACAGGGCUGAGCAGGAAGUUCAAAUCCAAGUCAACCACAGAGCCAAAGGGAUAUCCUGGGAUGUGGCAGUUUCCUAAAGAUCCGACAAGUGUUGCAUCUACAGAGUCCCUGAAAGACUUCGUAGAAUGUGUCCGCGUUGAAUCACUUCAAGGGCCUGCUCAACGGGAAUUCAAACACUUUGAACAUAUGUUUAACGCGGAUAAGCUACAUAGUGGGGGAGUGAAAUUCGAGGCGUUGGAAGAAGAGUUCCUGGAGGUGAGAUUUGAGAAUGGUUGUUUAAAGAUGCCUCGUCUUUUGAUCCAUGAUACUUCGGAGAUGACUUUGAGAAACAUAAUGGCGCUUGAACAAUGCCACUACCCUUACACCGCACAUGUCUGUAGUUACGUGACUUCCUGGAUUACCUCAUCGACACCGAUAAAGAUGUCGAGUUGCUUGUCGAGAAAGGGAUAA